AUUUAAGGCGUCGAGGAGAAAAAAGAGGGAGGAAAACUCAGAAAUAAAAAGAGUCUAAGGAAUGCCUUCGUAUUGGAGUCUAGUGAGCCAUCUCACAGUCUAGCAGAGGCAAACUAGACUAUAAUUUUGAGGGAAGAAUAGCAGAGCGAAGCAAGCAUUCGAUUCGAUCUGUUAUUAACAGGUGGAAAAAAGCAUGGCGCUUGCUCAGCCCCUUGUUAAGAAAGACGACGAUAGAGAUGAGGAAGCUGAUUACUCUCCCUUUCUUGGCAUUGAAAAGGGAGCAGUCCUACAGGAAGCUCGCGUGUUCAAUGAUCCUCAACUGGAUGCUAGACGCUGUGCACAGGUCAUCACCAAGCUUUUGUAUUUGAUCAACCAAGGAGAGACCUUUACAAAGGUUGAAGCUACAGAAGUUUUCUUUGCUGUCACCAAGCUUUUCCAGUCUAAGGAUACUGGUUUGAGAAGGAUGGUUUAUUUGAUCAUCAAGGAGCUUUCUCCUUCUGCUGAUGAGGUUAUUAUUGUUACAAGUUCAUUAAUGAAAGACAUGAAUAGCAAGACAGAUAUGUACAGGGCCAACGCAAUACGGGUUUUAUGCAGAAUCACAGAUGGUACUUUGUUGGGUCAAAUUGAGAGAUAUCUAAAACAAGCCAUUGUUGAUAAAAAUCCUGUUGUAGCCAGUGCUGCUCUUGUUAGUGGAAUUCAUUUGCUUCAGACCACUCCAGAUAUUGUCAAGCGUUGGAGUAAUGAGGUACAAGAAGCAAUUCAGUCCCGCGCUGCUCUUGUACAAUUUCAUGCACUAGCCUUGCUUCAUCAGAUUCGACAAAAUGACCGCUUAGCUGUAAGCAAGCUUGUGACUAGUCUAACCAGAGGAACAGUUCGAUCACCUUUAGCUCAAUGCCUCUUGAUCCGUUAUACCAGCCAGGUUAUACGAGAAUCAAAUGUAAAUUCACAAACAGGCGAUCGUCCAUUCUAUGAUUAUUUGGAAGGAUGCUUGCGCCACAAAGCAGAAAUGGUCAUAUUUGAAGCCGCAAGAGCUAUAACAGAAUUGAAUGGGGUGACCAGUCGAGAGUUGACUCCAGCUAUUACUGUUUUGCAACUGUUUUUAAGCUCAUCAAAGCCGGUUCUCCGGUUUGCAGCUGUUCGCACUUUAAACAAGGUUGCAAUGACACAUCCAUUGGCAGUUACAAACUGCAACAUUGAUAUGGAGAGUCUAAUAUCAGAUCAAAACCGGAGCAUAGCCACUCUGGCUAUCACUACACUUUUAAAAACAGGAAAUGAAUCAAGUGUGGAUCGUUUGAUGAAGCAAAUUACAAAUUUUAUGUCAGAUAUAGCAGACGAGUUCAAGAUUGUUGUUGUGGAAGCUAUUCGAUCUUUGUGCUUGAAAUUCCCACAGAAAUAUCGUACACUAAUGAACUUUUUGAGUAACAUACUCCGAGAAGAAGGAGGAUUUGAGUAUAAGAAAGCUAUUGUAGAUUCUAUUCUUAUUCUUAUAAGGGAUAUUCCAGAAGCAAAAGAAAGUGGCCUGUCUCAUCUCUGUGAGUUUAUUGAAGAUUGUGAAUUCACAUAUCUUUCAACGCAGAUUCUUCAUUUUCUUGGUCACGAAGGACCAAAGACUGCAGACCCUAGCAAGUAUAUUCGUUAUAUAUACAAUAGAAUUAUUCUUGAAAAUGCAACAGUUAGGGCAAGUGCUGUGAGUGCACUAGCAAAGUUCGGUGCCCUGGUUGAGUCUUUAAAGCCUCGCAUAUUUGUACUAUUGCGUCGAUGCCUCUUUGACAAUGAUGAUGAGGUUCGGGAUCGAGCUACACUCUACCUAAAUGCUCUUGGUGGGGAUGUUCAUUCAGACGAGACUGGCAAGGAUGUGAAGGAUUUCAUUUUUGGUACCUUGGACUUCCCACUGGUUAACCUUGAAGCAAGUUUACAGGCAUAUGAAGCUAGUGAAGAACCUUUUAGCUUGGUUUCUGUUCCAAAGGAGGUCAAAUCACAGCCAUUGGCAGAGAAGAAGGCUUCUGGUAAAAAAGCAGCUGCGACAAAUGCUGGGUCUGUUGCUGUUAAAUCUGUUUCAGAGACAUAUGAAAGCUUACUUGCCUCCAUUCCAGAGUUUUCGGCCUUUGGCAAACUUUUUAAGUCUUCAGCACCUGUGGAACUCACUGAAGCAGAGACAGAGUACUCAGUGAAUGUUGUGAAACAUAUUUAUUCUAAUCAUGCGGUGUUUCAAUACAACUGCACGAACACUAUACCAGGACAAGUAUUGGAAAAUGUACGUGUAGAAGUGGAUCCAUCCGAUCCGGAUGAAUUUAUAGAAUUGGCAUCCAAACCUCUGAGGUCACUGCCUUGUGAUUCACCGGGGCAGGUCUUUGUGGCUUUUAAAAUACAAGAAGGAGCUCACCCUACUGGAAAAUUUGCAAACUUGAUGAAAUUUAUAAUGAAAGAGGUUGAUCCUGCCUCUGGAGACGUAGAAGAAGAGGGAGUUGAAGAUGAAUACCAACUAGAAGAAUUGGAGGUGAAUCCAGCAGAUUACAUGUUGAAGGUCGGGGUUUCAAAUUUCAGAAAUGCAUGGGAGUCAUUAGGGGCAGACAAUGAACGUGUGGAUGACUAUGGUCUUGGUGUGAGGGAGAGUUUAGUAGAAGCUGUAAAAGCUGUAAUUGAGCUUCUUGGAAUGCAGCCAUGUGAGGGAACUGAUGUGGUGCAAAGCAAUUCAAGGUCGCAUACAUGUCUAUUGGCCGGUAGAUUCAUUGGCGAUGUCCAAGUGCUUGUUAGAUUAUCUUUUGGUAUUGAUGGGCCUAAUCAAGUUGCUAUGAGGGUUGCCGUAAGGUCUGAGGAUGAAUAUGUCAGUGGUGUCAUCCAUGAUAUUGUUAGUGAAAGCUAAGGCUGCAGAUAUUUUUGGAUAAUGUAGUAGUUAGUUGAAAUUGAUCUGUUAAGUCUUAACGACACUUAGUAUUAUGUCCAAAUGGACAUUUGUGCACCAUGACCGCAUCGAUUUUCCAUAGUAGGCUCCCUUACCACAUUGCAGAGAAACUGGUAUGGUGCAAAUCAUUUGAUUUAUAUUUCUCUUUUUGGUUUGGAGUAUGAAUUUAACCUGCGCUUAUGGGUUAAUGUAAGAGUUAAUACUUAUUCAUUCAUUUCGUUUCUGUUUCCUCUUAUACUGAUUACUUUGCGAUGAAACAUUUAUUCUGUUCGAAGAUUAAUGAUUGUAAUGUAAUAUUAAUGCAAUUCUUUCAAUGUUA